CGUUUUGUGAAAAUUGCUAUAUUUCUUACUGUAGAACGACAACUAGAUAAGGAACAACAACUUUACAGGGAUCUGUUUCUACACUUGAGGUAUGGAAGUUUUGGUAACCUCAGUGCCGAGUCCGAGUGGUGGGAGGUGCAGGAAGAUUGCAGUGGAAACUCCUAUCCUUAUCCGUUCCUCUCAAGUAGAGAUUGCCAGUACUUACGUCUGAUUGCUUUCAGUGACAAAGUUUUUCCUUCCGAACUGUCUGUUCUUUCUGGAUAUGGCAUUGUUGGGUUAUACACAACCUUUGUGCUGGUGGUGUCCAGAUUGGUACGUGGGUUUGUUGCAGGCACCAGCUUUACAAUCAUGUUUGAUGACAUGCCUUACGUGGACCGAGUCCUUCAGUUGUGUCUUGACAUAUAUCUUGUACGAGAAAGUGGGGAGUUCACUUUGGAAGAGGAUCUCUUCGCCAAAUUGAUCUUCCUGUACAGGUCACCGGAAACAUUGAUAACAUGGACUCAGUAUCCACCAGAUGACCCGGGAGCAAACUAAUGUAAGCACAUUGCUCAGUUUACUUUAACUCAACAGAUGUCAGUUUAGAUGAAACUCACAGUUACAGAGGAUAACGUGUAUGAGUUAAACACAGUAUCCACCAGAUGACCCAAACUAAUGUAAGCACAUUGCUCAGUUUACUUUAACUCAACAGAUGUCAGUUUAGAU